AUGCUUAAACUACUCUAUCUCUUCACUUUUGAACUACUGACUAUCCUUGCUGCUGGUAAGUUCGACUCAUCCGCCUUUUUUAGUCCACAUUGUUUCUAACAAUAUUACUUAUUGUAGGAGAGUAUCUCAGACCAUGUUAUUUUACAAAUUGGGCUCAAUAUCGACAAGGUCGUGGAAAGUAUUUGCCUGAAGAUUAUGUUCCCGGCCUUUGCACUCACAUUCUCUUUGCCUUCGGAUGGAUGAAUGAAGAUUUCACAGCAAAGUAACCACUUUCCAUUUACGUAUUACUUGUUUCUAUUUUUUACAACAUAUAACCGCUCUUUUAGAGCAUACGAUCCUGCCGAUCUACCCAAUGAUUGGGCGGGACCUGGAAUGUAUUCUCGGGUAAAUGCCCUCAAACAAAGAGAUCCCAAACUGAAGACAUUACUCUCGUUUGGAGGAUGGAGUUUCGGCACAAGACUCUUCCAAGGAAUGACCGCCACAACUCAGACGAGAGAUAAAUUCAUAAAAUCAUCUAUAGAAUUCGUUCGAAAAUAUGGAUUUGAUGGGAUUGACAUUGAUUGGGAGUACCCUAAGGGCGAUACAGAUAAACAGAACUUCAAUCUGUUCUUACAGGUGAGAAUUUAUGAGCUAAACACUAAUACGGGACUUCUUUAGGAACUGAAACACGCGUGUGAGCAGGAAGCGACAAGCACAGGAAGAAAUCGCCUCCUUAUAACCGCCGCUGUUGCUGCUGGGGUGAAUAAUAUACAAAAUGGAUACGACAUUCCCACUAUCUCACGGUAAGUUACCAAACUAAUAAUCCCGGCAACAAAUUUUACCACUAUUCUCCUGCUUACAGGUUGUUAGACUUCAUCUUACUGAUGAGUUAUGAUUUCCAUGGAGCUUGGGAGCAGAAAACAGGCAUGAACGCCCCUUUGUAUGGUCAGAUUGGCGACGAACCAGAGUGGAAUGUGGUAGGUAUCAAGCCCAGCCGAUUGUUUAGUUAAAUGUAAAAUGAUUUUUUCCAGGCUGGAGCAGCCACCUAUUGGACUGACCAUGGAAUGCCCAAACACAAGCUCGUCAUUGGUGUUCCCACUUAUGGCCGAGGGUGGACUUUGACAAACACAGCAGACUAUUCGAUUGGUGCAGCUGGAUCUACAGCCAGAACAACGAAAUAUGUUGGAGAAGCUGGGACUGCGGCUUAUUACGAAUUCUGUGAGAUGUUGGCAGAGGGCGGAGUACGAUAUUUUGAUGACAAAACAAAAGUGCCAUAUUUGGUGAAAGGCGACCAAUGGUUCAGUUACGAUGACAAGGCUUCAAUCAAAGCUAAAGUUGAUUGGAUCAAGGAAAAUGAAUAUGGGGGAGCGUUUGUGUGGACCUUGGAUAUGGACGACUUCAAUGGACAAUGUUCCACUGGAUAUGGAGAAAAAUAUCCACUAAUUGGGACCAUUGCCAAGGAAUUAGCUGGAGUUGUUAUUCCAGCAGGAUCAGGAACAGUCGUUAGUCGCAUUAUUCAAUGAAAAUAUAUAUUAUUUUAGACUCCAGAACCACCACCUUAUAUUCCUUCGUAUACCACAGCUUCAAUUUAUCCUUGGUCCACUUCUUCUGUUGCCCCCAAUGAUCUUGAUCAUGCCUGUCUCGGACAAGGGGAUGGUUUUAAAGCGAUCCAUGGUGUUUGUACAGAGUUUGUUUUGUGUCUAUCAGGAAAGGGAAUGGUGAUGACAUGCCCUCAAGGCACCGAAUUCAGUCGGGGAUUGGGUUAUUGCACAUAUGUAAGUCAAUUUAAGAAAAACCGCGCAACUUUCGCAUGUUUCAUUUUUUUUAGGCGACCCAGUCAGGAUGUAACACUUCUCGACCUUACAGUUGGAUAUCGACGAGCACAUACCAGCCAGGCUCCACUACGGUAGACACUGGAUCAAAAAAAGGUAAAUGACAACAGGGAAUGUGUUCAAUUAAUAACAGAUUUCACUUGCCAAAACCAAAAGGAUGGCUUCUAUCCAGACCCCAAUAGCUGUUAUCAAUUUUACCGCUGUGUAAAUGGUAUCUCGUACCAUUUCGAUUGUCCAAUCGGCCUCAAGUUCAGUAAAGAAACUUCUAUGUGUAAUCAUCCUAAUUCCGUAAAUUGCCAGUGA